AUUUGUAGCCGCGGCGCCCUGGCUGCGGGGGCGGGCGGUGCUCGCUCGGCUCGGCUCGGCUCGGCUCGGCUCGGCUGAGCGCGGCUCGGCGCUGUCGGCGGCGCGUAGGGGCGGCGGGGCCUGCGGCUGCUCAGCCCCGGCGGGCCGAGGAGGAGGGAGGAGGAAGAGGAGGGAGGCAGGCGCCGGACCCGGCGGCGGCGGCGGCGCUGCCGCGAUCGGCUCCGCUCGGCUCCCCCAUGGCCGCGGGCUGCAGGGACGGCCCGGGGCAGGAGAAGUACCGGCUGGUGGUGGUGGGCGGCGGCGGCGUGGGCAAGUCGGCGCUCACCAUCCAGUUCAUCCAGCUUGAGUGAUUGCAGCUUGGGUCCAGGAUAGCCUGUAAGGCACUCCGUGGGAACAGUCCUAUUUUGUUACGGAUUAUGAUCCAACGAUUGAAGACUCCUACACCAAGCAAUGUGUGAUAGAUGAAAGAGCUGCGCGCUUGGACAUUCUGGAUACAGCAGGACAAGAAGAAUUUGGAGCCAUGCGUGAACAGUACAUGAGGACAGGGGAGGGUUUUCUGCUUGUUUUCUCAGUCACUGAUAGAGGAAGUUUUGAAGAAAUCUAUAAGUUUCAGCGACAAAUUCUUAGAGUGAAAGAUCGUGAUGAGUUUCCUAUGAUUCUAGUUGGUAAUAAAGCAGAUCUGGACCACCAAAGACAGGUGACACAAGAGGAAGGUCAGCAGCUAGCACGACAACUUAAAGUAACAUACAUGGAAGCCUCAGCAAAAAUCAGAUUGAAUGUAGACCAAGCUUUUCAUGAACUUGUCAGAGUUAUAAGGAAAUUUCAAGAACAAGAGUGUCCUCCUUCACCAGAGCCAGCGCGGAAAGAAAAAGACAAGAAAGGCUGCCAUUGUGUUAUUUUCUGAGAAUCCCAAGAGCCAAGCUAUCAACUGCCAGAUUAUUUUUUUUUUUCUUUCCAUCAUUUUACAUUAUUUCUGGUAUUGGUCUAGCCUUAUUAUGUGCAUGUCCUAAAAGUGGUCACCAGAAUAGCCUUAGUCCAAGAAGCUGGCAGAAUAGUUCUUGAAGAAGACUCGGUCAUCCUGGGGCAGACUUCAAAACAAAACACUAAGGCUGCUUCUUUAAUACCACAGUUCCUUCCUUCUCUCCCUUAAGAGCUUGCACCUUGUGGAGUUUUAUUCGCAAAGGAGAUGAAACCAAACCGUGUAGGACAAGGUGUUGAAGUCAUGCAUAAGUUGUCUCUUGUGAAUUAAUUUAUUUUUACUUCUGACAUUUCAUUAGCUAUUACAAAAACCUAUAUUGAAGUAUAGAGGAUACCUUUUAAAAACAGGGUGGAUUGGCUUUUUUGCCCUCAGUUAAAUUAGACUUGAGUACUCAGCUAGCCUUAAGAAACCUACACUGAAUUUCAUUGUCAGCAAAAAUUUUCAUCUCUCACUUAUGCUGCAGUUUUAUUUCAGUGGCCAAAACAGUCUACUGUAUUUAUUUUAUGAAUCCAGAACAGCUACAGGAUGAUUACUGCUACUCUUAGGAUAUGGCCAAAUACCUCAGCUCAUUCUGGAUUGAGGCAUUUCAGCUUAUUAAGAAAUUUCACAUCAUUUGUUUAGAAACAAAUUGUGUCUUCCUUUGUAUUUCUGGGUAAGGGAUUAAGGAAAACUAAAACUGUAGCUGUUUUUGUUUCAUGUGAUAUAAAAAUGAAUUUGAUCUUUCCAUUGUCAGAAAUGAUUAAAUGUUUUUGCUAUAUACUUUUAUACAUUAUUUUCUUAUCAAACUAGUUAACAAGUAUUUUUAUAUGUUUGUAAGCAAAUAUGCUUUCACAGCAUAACUUGUGUAUAUGUAAAGAUGAGUAUUUAAUUCUCACAGUUCACUUUUAACUGACAAAAUAUGGGAUUUGCCAAACUGUGGUAAACUUGUCCUUACUCUUUCAGUUGUACCCAAGAAUGGUCAAUUACGUGCCUGCCCAACACACCCAUAGAGUAAAAUCUAGUGUUGUGUUCUAAUGAAUCUCAGUAUCCCGUACUAAAGACUGACCAUUAUGUGAAUUAUAAAACUGUAAGACUUUUAACUGAUUGUUUAGUUAAACUGUGGAUGGCUGUUUAAUUUUGAGUUCUGUGGAUUGUGUUUAAACAAUUCAAGAGUAUGUUCCCUGAUAUUGAAAUACUGAGUGGUAUUGCACAGUUGUCACCUUACUGAAUGUGUCCAGCAGUUCUUUGAAACUUGAUUAUUAAGCAAACCCUUGUAUAACUUCAGGUGCUAGAAUUAAAGAUGAUCUAACCAUUA